AAAGUACGCUCAAAAGUACGCCCAAUCCUGAAGUCCUUUCGUCAGCGCCUCGCGAAGUAUAUAGGUGACCCAUUUGCCAACACCUCAUCUCAUCUACUCACGUUGACAGCCUUGUUACCCACACUGCUAAAAUUCAAGAAUCUACUGCAUUUCUGCCUUCAUUGAUUAACCCAUCCCACAGUCGGGUCGAUAAGAUGACCCAAAAUGGUCAGGUAACCCUAGAUUGGGCCAAACAUGAGAGCGAAAUCCGCGAUCUCUUCGUUUCCAAGGGAAGAACCCUGAACGAGGUUCAAGCACACAUGAGGGAAAAGCACAAUUUCGAAGCAAGCGCGAGGCAGUAUAAAUCCAGGUUCCCAAAGCUUAAAAAUGUGAAGGCCGAGGAGUGGAUCUGGAUUGGUCAAGAGAUGCAGCAUCGCGCUGCACUUGGCAAGGAGUCUGAGCCUUACCUUCAUGACAACCCGCUGCCUCUCGAUCGUGUUGUUCGUGAAAUCGCCCGUCACAAAAAUAAAGCUCCUGCUGCGACACUCUCAAAUCGGCUGCCAAAUCCAUCACCAGGAAGAAUAUCCGUCCGGACCCCACCACCAAUGGCUGCGAUUGCACCUGGACUGAAUCUUCAUCCCCUAUGCAACCCAGUACAAGUUCAUGCACCUCAAAAAUUCCCCGGAACUUCCUCAUUCAGCAGCCCCCCCUGGGGAUGGCGUUCGCGGAGGAACCUCUGGAUGAAGCUCGAUGCUGCUAUGGAAGUAGAGCUUGAGAUUGACCCCAGCCCUUUGUAAGAUACGCCCAUGGCAUGGCUGUGUUUCGAAC